GCUAUCUUCACGACGGUGACGGUGUUCCUUAGGAGGAUGAGAAAUCUGUUUUAUCUAUGCUAUUAUAUUACGGAUGUGGAUGUGUGCUUGUUGAGUGAAAUAGUCUAAAUAGGUUGCAAGGUGGAAGGGAAUUGAUUGCUAAUGAAAUCGAGCCACACCAAGUAACAGAUGAAAAUUCCAACAAUUUAAACUCUGUUGCAGAAUUACAACCAUAUAUAAAUAAUGGGCAAUGAAGAAAUGUCUGAUAUGGAAGGGAGCUGCUCUGAUUCACGAUCAUCAGGAGAUCAAAUGAGCGAACAUGAAGAAGACAUCAUGGAUGAUGAGGAAGCAGUUCAAGAUAAAGAUUUCAAUAGCAGAAAGUUUCAUGAAAAUUCCGCUUGGGCAGAUGCAAUGUCAAAAAUUCUUAAAACUAAUAAACCAAAGAGAAGAAAGACAAUUGUUCUUUCUAGAGCAAAGCGAGCAAACCAAACAAAAGUCUCAAAAGAAGAGAACGUUGAUUUUGAUAUUGAGAAUGAUAUGAAACCAGAUGUAACUGGUAUUCGUUUAGAUGUUGUCAAAGAAGAAAAUGAAACUAGAAAGCUAAAGAAAAAAGAGUGGGCUUCUAAAGGAUAUGUUAAACCAUCCGUUUUGGAGAAGGAUAGGGAAAAAGCAUUGGCAAAAAUUGCAACAAGAGGAGUGGUGCAACUAUUUAAUGCAGUUAAAGAACAUCAAAAGACUUUAGAAAAGGAUCUAGAAGAUGCAGGACCUUUGGAGCACAAGAAGGACAAAGUAAUGAAGUCUUUGGACAAACGAGCCUUCCUGGACGUUCUGAUGGGACCAGCCAAGAGUCAGCCUGUCAGCAAACUUGUUCCACAAGAGAUCAAAGAGGAUGCAGAUAAUCCAACUUGGACGAUUCUAAGGGAUGACUUUAUGAUGAGCUCAAAACUCAAGGACUGGGAUAAACAUGAUACUUCAGAAGUGAAAGACGAGCAUUGAAAUAUUUGUGUCUCUGUAAUCAAUGGUAAAUGUAUAUAUGUAAUAACAAUGUUUUUCUAUGGCA